AUGCAUCAGAUUUACAGCUGCAGCGACGAAAACAUAGAAGUUUUCACCACCGUGAUCCCUUCCAAAGUGACCAGUCCGGCCAGAAGAAGAGUCAAAAGCUCUCAACACCUCUUGAGCAAGAAUGUGGUGAUUGAAUCGGACCUGUACACGCCUAGGCCUUUGGAGCUGCUGCCGCACCGCGGAGACCGCCGGGACACAGGGGAGGCAUGCAAGUUCGGCCGCCUCCAGAAUACACGGCCACCCCGGGCACAUCCCGCCAAAACCUCCACCCGACCCGCGGGGAUCUCAGAGUCCAAAGCAUCGCAUGUGUGUGGAAGUCGAGCAUAUGGAAAAUCCUUGAUUCCUCCGGUGCCCCGGAUCUCAGUGAAAGCUCCUGCAGUGCCAUCCGUGGAGGCAGCAGGCACAGGCUCCGAAAACAGGACUAUGCUGACCAGAGGCUCUAGACAUCUCAAGAAAAUGGCAGAAGAGUAUCCAACGCUGCCCCAGGGGGCGGAGGCCUCCCUGCCUCUGACAGGCAGCGCCUCGUGUGGUGUCCCCAGCAUCCUCCGGAAAAUGUGGACCAGGCACAAGAAGAAGUCUGAGUACGUGGGAGCCACCAACAGCGCCUUUGAGGCUGAUUAA